AAACAGGAUAAAGGCCAGUCAUGAGGUUAAUACAAUUUGCAAUUCAGUGGGUUUCAGUAAUUGCAGGUAUUUCCUUUUGGCUAUUCUAUUAUAUACUGAAAGGGAAGCUGUGUGGGGGGAAUUUGAAUAUUGAGAACAUGGCAACUAAGCAGACAGAACCCGUCACUAUCAUCAGCCUUCGGAGGUUGAGCCUGGCAGCCCCAGAGCCACAGCCAAAGGAUCCAAAGACGUUCACCGUGGAAGAUGCAGUGGAGACCAUUGGAUUUGGACGUUUCCACAUUGCUUUGUUUCUGAUCAUGGGCAGCACUGGGGUUGCUGAGGCCAUGGAGAUCAUGUUAAUAGCUGUUGUGUCUCCUGUCAUCCGCUGUGAAUGGCAGCUGGAGAAUUGGCAGGUAGCAUUGGUGACCACGAUGGUGUUUUUUGGCUACAUGGUAUUCAGCAUCCUCUUUGGCCUCCUGGCUGACAGAUAUGGUCGCUGGAAGGUUUUGCUCAUCUCGUUCCUGUGGGGCGCCUACUUCUCCUUGCUGACCUCUUUCUCUCCCUCAUACAUCUGGUUUGUCUUCCUGCGGACCAUGGUGGGCUGUGGUGUGUCUGGCCAUGCACAAGGGCUAAUCAUAAAGACUGAAUUUUUGCCUACAAAAUAUCGAGGUUAUAUGCUACCCUUGUCUCAGGUGUUCUGGCUGGCUGGCUCCCUGCUUAUCAUUGGUCUGGCGUCUGUGAUCAUCCCCACCAUUGGGUGGCGCUGGCUCAUCCGCGUGGCCUCCAUUCCUGGCAUCAUCCUCGUCAUGGCCUUCAAGUUUAUUCCUGAAUCUGCUCGGUACAACGUCUCCACUGGGAACACGCAGGCUGCCCUGGCCACUCUGGAGCGCAUUGCCAAGAUGAACCGCUCAGUGAUGCCAGAGGGGAAGCUGGUGGAGCCCAUACUGGAAAAAAGAGGAAGAUUUGCAGACCUUUUGGAUGCCAAGUAUCUAAGGACCACAUUACAGAUCUGGGUCAUAUGGCUGGGAAUCUCUUUCGCCUACUACGGGGUCAUCCUGGCCAGUGCCGAGGUGCUGGAGCGAGACCUGGUCUGUGGUUCACGGUCAGAGUCCGAGGUGGUGGUGACCGUGGGGGACUCGGAGGAGAGUCAGAGCCCCUGCCACUGCCACAUGUUUGCCCCCUCCGACUACCAGACCAUGAUUAUCAGCACUGUUGGCGAAAUUGCUCUGAAUCCUUUAAAUAUCCUGGGCAUCAAUUUCCUGGGAAGACGGCUGAGUCUUUCUAUUACCAUGGGAUGCACAGCUUUAUUCUUCCUUCUCCUCAAUAUUUGCACUUCCAGAGCUGGACUGAUUGGCUUCCUCUUCAUGCUGAGGGCUCUCGUGGCUGCCAACUUCAACACCAUCUACAUUUACACUGCGGAGGUCUACCCCACGACUAUCCGCGCCUUGGGGAUGGGAACCAGCGGCUCUCUGUGUCGCAUUGGUGCGAUGCUGGCCCCGUUCAUAUCACAGGUUCUUAUGAGUGCAUCAUUCCUGGGGGCCCUGUGUCUCUUCUCAUCUGUCUGCUUUGUAUGUGCCAUUUCUGCAUUUACUCUCCCCAUUGAGACCAGAGGACGGGCCUUGCAGCAAAUUAAAUGAAGAUCUGCAAAAGCUAUGUCUACCAGAGAAGAAAAAUGCACUUUAGUUUUCACAAAGAGCUUCACAUUUUUUAAAACUCAAAUUUUAUUUCUGUAUGCUACUUAGGUAAUUAAGGAGCUGAUUAUGUGUUUUUAAAAAAAUAAGACACAGGGGAUGGAGCAGUUAACUGUAAAUUGAUCUCUUCCCUGGGACACUCUAUACAAAGAACUUUUCUAAAGUAGUCUUUAAAAUUGGAAAGGUGUGUGGUGGAAGGUGGCUUUUAACAUCAAGUGUGUUAAUCUUUAUAUGAAUAAAUCCUAAAUAUCAGAUAAAAUGCAUAUACAUUGAUAUUUCCCCAUAAAGUUUGUAGCUGAAGUUGGCCUGAAAUUUUGUAGUCAAGAAUUAAUAU